GUUAUGGCGGCGUAGCAGAAAAAUGAGAUACACAGACUGUUGUGGAGGAAGAGUUGUGUGCUGCGAUGAGGACGGAUCUCGGUUUUGUUGUUUCGCGUAUUGAGGCGAGUGUCAGCGCAUUUUUCCACGACGGACGGUGUUGCGUGCGUAUCAGACGCGCGGAGAUGAGCGAGUAGGAUCACAAGCGCGACGUAAUUUCGCGCAUCGGAAACGAGUCAUUCCGUGCCGUGUCAUUGACUCAGGACAAAGUGUCAAAAUUUCGUCCGAGCCCAUGUUUUUCUCCGCCCGAGGAGCAGAGUUAAACCGCGAGUAAUUUCACCGUCUGAUAAUUUCGAACCAACCGAUCGCGUGACACGAAGAAACUCGAUCUGUGCGAAAGAUACGCAAAAAUAAAAAAAAAAACAUAUGCCUGACGACGCCAGUGCGCUUUGUUUUCGUUCUCUUGCAAUCUCGCCAAAUCUCGCCAAAUCUCGCACAAAGCGAACAAAAACGGAUUACGCUCUCGUUGACAAACGGAUAGACUGGAUUUGCGACGCAGCGCAAUGUGUGCCAGUCAUUAUCAUGCAUUCGAGUUUUCUCAUACUUGUUUAUAGAGUGCAAAUCGCUUAAUAUCGUGCGAUAUUUAUGAGUUUACGAACAUUGUGAGAAAAAAAUCUAUUAUCUACUGUUUUUAACCUUACGCGAAAUGUCAAUCGUUGAUGCGUUUAUAUCAUUAAAUUUAUCUUUUCAUUUAUUAAACUGUUAUUCGUACAUUGGCAUAAAAGUGGUUUAAUCAGCUAAUUAUUUAUUUACUCAGUGGAAGCUAUUAGCUGAACUAUAUUUGGCGUUUGAUAAAAUAGAGUAUAAAUACUACACUCGUAUAUGAUUCAAAUCAACAUAGAGCUGAAACAAUUAUUUUCUAUCAGAGUUGUGUAAAUUGGAACAAUAACUUCAUAAAUAUCUAUUUAUAAAUGUAGCAUUUUUGUGUGUGAUUUCAGGCUGUACAUAUUUUGAUGCUAAAUAAUAAAUAGUGCUUAAAAGACACAAGUGAAUAUACCAUAUUAUCUUCAUCAUCAAGACAUUACCAGAAGUAUAAUGAUCAUAUACCCAAGAUGUAUCUAAUCAAAUUUAUUUAUCAGUGAUUGUAUAUUUGGUGAGGUUGGAGAGUGAUGCCGGUUCAUCAGAUCAAUGUUAAUCCGCCUGACUGGCAACCACCUUUGCCAAUUGGUCCUUCCAAUAACACUACUCCCGCUGGUGGAGAAGGCUUACCAGAAUGGACACCACGGGAAUCAAGUUAUGCCACAGUAGUCACUAUUAUACCAGACCAUUGUCACUCGUCCGUAAGCACAUUGUCCUCGACCAACCAUGAUAUUUGCAGAAUCUGCCACUGCGAAGGUGAAGAAGGUGCUCCUUUAUUAGCACCUUGCUAUUGCAGUGGCAGUCUGCGUUACGUACAUCAGGCUUGUCUUCAGCAAUGGAUAAAGGCUUCGGAUACACGUGCUUGUGAAUUAUGCAAGUUCACAUUUAUCAUGCAUGCCAAGACGAAACCAUUUUGCGAGUGGGAGAAACUCGAGAUGUCUGCUCUGGAGGUGCGAAAAUUAUGGUGCGCAGUUGCUUUUCACGCAGUAGCUGCACUUUGUGUGGCAUGGUCAUUAUAUGUACUCGUCGAACGAUCUGUGGAGGAAGCCCGGCGUGGAUUCGUCGAUUGGUCCUUCUGGACUAAAUUAAUAGUUGUCGUGAUCGGUUCCACUGGUGGAUUAGUCUUUAUGUACAUUCAAUGUAAAGCAUACAUCACAUUGUGCAGAAAGUGGCGAGCAUUUAAUAGAGUGAUAUUUAUUCAAAAUGCUCCCGAAAAAGUGGUGCUUCCUCCCUCACCUACGGAUUCUUUGAGAGAGGUGACUCUACCCUUGAAGGAUCCAACUGCCUCGAUGGCCGAGCUCAACCGUACUCUGUUACCCCGUACCAUAGAUCCUCCAUGUGCCUCGCAGAUGGCGAAGCCCGACUCCGCCGCACCACCGCAAAGGCACGACGCUCAAUUGAAACUUUACGUAUUCGACAAAUUGUCUUCGUCUGAAGACAAUCUAUAAUAACUUCGGAGACGAAAACAAUCGUUAAAAAUCGCGCGUUAAAAGGUGGUUAGCCAAAUUUUCCGUUUAAACUAAAGAGCGUGUCUCGAAUGGGAUUGAAUGAAUUUAGGCUAUACGAUUUUCGAAACUCGAAGCGGAAUUAUCCUUAUCGAAGUCGUCGAAUAUCCGCCCUCGUGCAGCACCUUUUUUCCGAAACUUAGUACUUCAGUGCUUACAGUGUUGACAGUGGGGUAGAGACGGAAGUGUACAGCCCGAGAAUGCUGACGCUUUCUUAUGUACAUAAUUAUUGUAUCUGUGAUGUUAUUAAAUAAACUUUACCAUAUUUAAACAAUA